AGGUUAUAUGAGUUGGUCUGUUGGCACUGUGCAGCACAAACAUGGGACUAUUUUAAAGAACAAUUGUGCGUGUAGUUCUCUAGUCUUCCGCGAUGCAUCGGAGUGUUCUGUACUAUCUUGCGUGCCUGCCUGUUCACCUGCUGGUUGUGGCAGCGCCGACUUCGAACAAACUCCAUAACGUCCAUUAUGGUAACGGCAACGUCGGCAAAUUCUGGCACAUAUCAGACUUGCACCUAGAUCCCUCUUACCAUGUGACAAAGGAUCGCACCAAAGUGUGCCUCUCCUCUUCGGACCGACCCGCCUCUGACCCCGGGGCUUAUGGGGACUACAUGUGUGACUCGCCCUAUCAGCUCAUCUCAUCCGCAUUCCAGUUCAUGAAACACGAAUCACCCCAACCAGACUUCAUGAUAUGGACAGGCGACAGCCCCCCUCAUGUUCGAGCAGAGGAGCUCUCAACCCAACAGGUGAUUGACAUCCUUGCCAACACCACCCACACCAUCCGAGAGCUCUUCCCCUCUCUGACUGUCUACCCUGCAGUAGGAAACCAUGACUAUUGGCCCCAGGAUCAGUUACCCGCGACAACAAAUGAGAUUUACCAGGCGGUUGCCAAACUCUGGGCAGGUUGGCUAAAGCCAGAGGCGCUUGCUACCCUGCGCGAAGGUGGCUUCUAUUCCCAACUGGUCCGGCCCCAGCUGCGGCUGGUGAGCCUCAACACCAUUCUCUACUAUGGCCCCAAUAACGUGACGGAAAACAUGACUGACCCCACGGGGCAGCUCAAGUGGUUGCGGAACACUCUAGAAGCCUCAAGGCAGAACAUAGAGAAGGUCUAUAUCAUUGCACACGUUCCCAUUGGUUACUUGCCAUACGCCAUGGACACUACAGCCAUGCGGGAGGUGUACAACGAACGCCUCGUGGAAAUGUUUCGCGACUACAGUGACCUCAUUUCCGGACAGUUCUAUGGACACACACACAGAGACAGCAUAAUGGUCAUGCUGGGUCGCCAAGGUAAACCGCUGGGCUCGGUGUUCGUCACGCCGUCCAUCACACCCUGGAAAGGUGCCCGGGAUCCGUACUCCAACAACCCUGGCGUGCGAAUGUACCUGUACGACCCUGCGGACUACGGCGUGCUGGAUGUCUGGCAGUACUACCUCAACCUGACCGAGGCCAACCGCGAGGGCAGCUCGGCGUGGACGCUGGAAUACUCCCUGACCCAGGCCUUUGAGCUACCGGACGCCCGACCCCAGAGCCUGCACAAGCUUGGCCUCUCGCUGGCUCAGCCCCAGAGUAAAGCCUUUCACAAGUACUUCACGUACUUCAUGGUCAGCUACAAUGACACUAUUACGUGUGAGGGCUACUGCAAAACCAUUCAGAUCUGCUCCCUCAUGUUCGUUGACAGCGACUCUUACUCUGCAUGUAUGAAACAGCAGAGCAUUUUAUAAACAAAGAAACAGACUUACAAACGGUGAACACUAUGUUGUUGGUUUUGUUGUUCUUUAAAAGGGAAAGUUCCAAAUUUUCUUUUAAGGGUCUCUGACACAGAUGGAAGUAAUAUUUUGAUUAGAGAUGCACCGAUUGCAAUUUUCUGGGCCGAUUGCGAUUUCCGAUUUUUCCGGUUAAUUAUAGAAACCUUCAGAGACAGCUGAAUAAGUAUUGAGAGCAUCAGUUUUCUUCAUUUUAGGCUACUGUGUCAAAAGAAACUUUAACUUUUGUUUGCCUUUCUAAUAGGCUAUCGUAUGUACACUUUUCACAUCCACUUCCCAAUCUGCUAGACUAGGGUAUUAAGUCAUAGCCCUAGUCUACGUGCAGUAAAUAGUUUGAGUAUUUUUUUUUUGUGGAGUAGAACUACUAGGCCUACUCUGUAUGUUGCUGCUUGCUGCGUGAAAAUCGGCCAAUUCUAGUCACCAGCCGAUCAAUCGUUGCAUGUCUAAUUUUGAUUAAAAAGGGAUAUUGAGAAAAGCCUAUUGCACUGAUUCAUAAGUUGAUUUUAGAUUAGAUGACAGUGCCUGGGAAGAUGGCUGAUUAAUUCAGGACUAAUCAGGCAACUGCUGAACAAAGAAUGACUUUUUUUGUAAAGUGAAACUUUAUAAAUAAAGACUCUUUUGUAAA